AUGCAUCAGCUGUGUAUUGCCCAUUACCGGCCUGCUAAUGGGAUCCAGCGGCCGCCCGUAUGCGGGUCACCUCUGCUUAAUACAACACGGCCAGCUAAUGCGGCGCCCGCGCCGUACGGUUACAGUUACAGCCGCAUUCCUAAUGGAACUCGGCCGCUCGCCCGCACCCCUGCCCAGAAGCUCGCCGACAUCCCGCCCGUCUCGCGCCGGCCGCCUACCCGCCUGCUAGGUCAGCCGCCGCCUGCCCGGACGCCGCCUGCCCGACAGCUCUGCCGCCCGGCCGCCAGACCGGCCGCCCGACCAGCCGCCCGCUGCAUGCCCACGCGCUCAACCGCCCUGCCGCCUGCCCGCCCGGAAGUGCGCCGACUACCCGUCCGCCUCGCCCCCGCCGUCUACCCGCCCGCUUCGCUGGUCGCCUACCCGCCCGAUUGGCCGGCCGCCGCCUGCCCGACCGCACACCCUCCCGCCCGCCCGCCGGCCACCUGA